GGGAAAUUGCAUUCAGUUACUGGCAACACUGGCAUAAACAAAUGGAGUGUUUUGACGUUUUAACGAGAGCGCUGGAUGUUCGUCUUUUGCGCGUGUUUGCCCAUAAAAUGGGUAUCCCAUGACUACAUGAUGGUGUGCUGAUAGCUAGAUAACACUUGCUCGUGCAACCUACGUCGAGCAUCCCCACUACAAAAACUGCGCCAAGAGAUGGACGCCAACUUGGUCUUGGGAAUGCAUCAAGGAAUGAGCUGUAGCAGCAUGGAUGGGAGUGACGUGAGAGGUCUGCACCCAUCAAGUGCUGCCAGCCACAUGGGGAUGAGUUGCAGUAGCAUGUCGCCUGGAGACGUGAGAGGGAUCCACCAGACAAACCAGCAUGCGAACCCGACUACAGCACUUGGUAUUGGUUGCAGCCCCAUGGGGAGUAGUGACAUGAGAACACUGCAUCCUGCGAUUGACUCUGACCGAGGGAUAAGUGCAAACAGCUUACCUAACAGUGGCAGUGGCAGUAUGCACACAGCCAUAGAGCGGGAAAAGGCAUCUGUCCACAGUGGCAGCACCAGUGGGGGCGGCAGUGGCAGCAACCUUGGCAACCCAUCUCCGUCUGGUGAGAACAUGGGCAACUCUGCUGGCACUGUUGGAACUAACAGCAGCUCUCCCGAGAACUCUGCUGGUGCAUCUAAAGACGAGGAAGAGCGCAGUGGACCUCCACAGCCUUCAACUAAUAAGACUGGCAAGGAGCUUGUCUUGGCAACUCCCCGUGAAAGCAAACGGCCCAACAUGAAAAAAAGAAUGGACCUGUCCCUGGCAGACAAGGUUAAGAUAGUCUACUCUCUCAAGGAGCCUGGAGCAAAGCAUGGCGCAGUAGCAAAGCUCUACGGUGUUGCACGGUCUACAGUUUGCAAGAUAAGCCAGAAGUCUGAAGAAAUCCUACUCCAGUUUGAAACGGACAGCAAUCAUGAUCGCAAACGGCGACGUGAAGGCAAGGAACGCCAGGUAGGAGAAGAACUAUACACGUGGUUCCAGAACCAGGUUGCACAAGGGUCUCGCCUGUCGGGCAAUGACAUCAAGGAAAAAGCACGCCUACUGGCUGCCCAGAAAGGCCAUCAUUUUGAGCCGUCUGAUGGGUGGCUCAGUCGCUGGAAACAGCGCCAUGGAUUGUCAACACCGCGAAAGGAAUCCUCCGGCUCCCAGCACCACUCGUCUCAGUUGAGUGGAGUAAGUGCUUCCACCCCUCCUCAUUGGGUUUCCAGUGCAGAACUUGUGGCGCUUUUAAAGCAGUACUCAGCCGACAAUGUCUUUGCGGCUGCUGAAGCUGCACUCUAUUACUCAGCGUACCCAGCUGAUCGCUGCCAGCAGGAGUUGGUUAAAGACAAGAAGGCGACUGAGCGCAUCACACUUCUGAUUUGUGCUAAUUUGACUGGCACAGAGAAGAGGCCACUGCUACUUGUUGGAGACAGUGGAGCAUCUCGGUCCUUUCCAGACGACCCUUCACGGCUGCCACUCAUUUGCAAGUUUGCACAAAAGGCACGGAUGAAUGCUGCCAUUUUCACAGAGUGGUUGUCAUUCUGGGAUUGGCAGUUAGGUCUCCACCAGCGCAGUGUGCUCCUACUUGUUGAAAACACCCCAGCUCACACAUCAAGUGCACAUCUGGAAAAUGUUCGACUCUAUUUCCAUCCACAGCCAAUACUCAAGGGGGUUGCACGCAAUCUUAAAGCCCACUAUCGUUCCCGGUUGUAUGGCCGGGUCUCAGCAUCUUUGACGGUUCAGCGAAAUACCCGUGCUGCUGACUUGAUUAGAAAGACAACAGUACUUGAUGCACUGUACUUGGUGCGAGAGUCAUGGGAUUCAGUCAAAGGAGACACUGUCUCUGGAGUGUUUGCUCAGGUGGGGCUUCCAUUGUGUGGAACACCUCUGCCACGAGGGGGGGCUGGUGUAACCGGCAUGCAGGAUGUCUCAGUGCCACCGGGGCUAACAUAUGAUGAGUUUUGCCGUUUUGUCAACCUGGAUGACUUUUUAGAAGGUGUAGUUGAUCGAGUAACAGAGACACAAGAGGAUGAGUAUGAGGUAACAGAUGAGGAAGCACUGAAGGCAAUCGACUUCCUACGUACAAUGGCUAUGCGGGAAGGGCGGGAUGAGUGGUACCGAUCGAGCCGGGAAAUGGAAGACUUCUGGUUACAAAGGAUGGCCAACAAGAAAAAGCAGCAACAGCAGCAACAGCAGUAGCAGCAACAUUUAGUUUUGUAUUA